AGAGCAAACCCCGGACCCUUUUCCAAUCAAUGAUUCAAAGUUAUUGACCGGAUUCAGGAAGAUAAUCUCUGGCAUACUAUAUGUAUGGCCUAGUUUGAUAUCGGUGUGGCAUUUAGAAAACACUUGGUUCUGUCGGUCGGAAGCUGUAAAGAAAGUGUCCCACCGACGCCUCGCCCUCUAAAUACUUGGUGGCUCCUUGUCUUUCUCAUUUCCAUACGCGUUAUAUCUAUCAUCACAUUCUCCGUCACAGGAGGAAGCUGAAUUCUACACCACCUAGAGAUUAUGGGUAAUUGUGUAUGCAGUGGGUUUAGCAACGCUGCUCAAGUAAUCAAAGUCAUAACAUCAAAUGGUGGAAUCAUGGAGUUUUACACGCCAAUUACAGCUGAAUGCAUCACAAAUGAGUUCCCUGGUCAUGGAAUUUACAAAACUAGUAAUGGAACGUAUUUCUUAUCAAAUCCGUUGCUCCACAAAGAAGAACUUUUACCUGGGGAAUUAUAUUACCUUCUUCCUCUCAACACCGGCCAAGUAGAUAUCACAGCUGCGAAAGAUGUUCAGGAUGAUUAUAAUGGAACCUCUUCAUCUUUCUUUACGCCUUACCGGAUGUCUUUUGAUCAGCAUCAACAAAGUAAUUAUUAUCAAGGUAGUUUGAAGAGAUCAGAUAGUGAAACGACGAUAAGAAGUUCUAGUAGUAGUAAUAGUAAUAGUGGAGUGUGGAAAGUAAAAUUGGUGAUAAAUCCAGAGCAACUAUCCAAGAUUUUGUCAAAAGAAACGAGCACAGAAGCGCUCGUUAAUAGCGUUAGAACUGUCGCUAAAUUUGGUUGUAAAGGAGUUCCAGAUUCUUCUACUCCUUCUGUAGCAAGUUCUGGUAUAUGGAGUUUAUCGGGUAGUUGUAAAGCUUCAUCCUCAGAGAGUUCUGCAUAGAAAUUCUGGUAUUAUAUUUUACUUCUUUCUCAUAGUGAGGUGUAGCAGUAGUAUAAUUUUCGGUUGUAAUACAUGUAUCAUGUCAGCUAGGCAUUUACCUCUCAAGGAGUGUGAAUCAAACCCAUGUUUGAAUUGAAAUUGAGAUACUGAUGCAAGUUCUUGAUUAAUAGUAGCAUUAGUACAAUUUUUGUGCAAUGUC